CAGUAAGGGAAAGUAUUGCAAUAAUAAAAAUUUUCGAAUCUGAGUUAUCAACGGAAAUACAUGUUUUGAGGUCCUCUGAGUUCAAAUAACCAAGUCCUGCAGAAUGGUCUAUAUGUGUGUAAGUGAUCAGUAUAGCUCAAAAAUGAAAAAAAUGUAAAAUGGUAUUAUAUAUUUAAGAUUGGUAUUACAGCAACUUUUUCCUGGAAAUUGGCUAACCGAAAGUGCCACUUUAUAUCAUUGAUUUUAUCCAUUUUUACGAUUUUCUCAAACACAGCUUUAAUAAUUUUGAUUAAAUUCAUUAUAUCAGUGUAAAAUUAAGCAGUUUUUAACAUAAUGUAAGUCUAAUUCUCAUUGAUAUUCUCUAACAGAGCUUAAAUGUCUAACUUUUAAUAUUUCUUUCUCUCAAUUACCUUUAUUUAUUUUAUUUGGAAUAAUUAGCCAUUUCACAUUGUAGUCUGCUAUAAAAACUAGAUAAAUAUAAAAUAAGAAAGAAUUUAAUAUUUAACUUAAGGAGAAAUAAGGGAUUAUUACAGAGAAUAGCAGUAAUAGAUGAACGGAAGUAACCCAAGCUUGGCUGAAAAGUUAGAAUAGGCUUUCAAAGAUUAAGCAUGCUUAAUAUAAUACAGGCUCUGAUGAUAAUAAUAUACACAUAUACAUAUGCAGUUUUCAUAAAUGCUAGUGUUGAUAUUAUUUAAUAUUAAAUUUUUUAGAUUCCAGCAAUUUAAAUAUUAAAAUUUGUGUAUAUACCAAUGUUUAAACAAAUAAACAUAUCUACACUGAAAUAUAUAAAUUAACAUAGCUACCUUCCUGAUCAGUUGCAGACACUCUUGUCAGAAUAAAAGUAUUUUAUGGCACUUAAUUAUUUAUUAUUAUGAAAUAAUUAAUUAAAAUAUACGGUUGAAAGAAAAAAAUUCUUAAUGAUAAAAAAACAUAAAUAUAAUACUUUAGAAAGCUAUGAAAAACAUGUGAUGAUUAAUUGUUUUAAAUCAUAUUUCAUGUCGUCUAUAAUUUUUACUUUCACUUUCCUUUGUCUAAAAAUAUUUAUUUCUACUAAAAUAUAGUGGUAAGUGAAGUUGCGUGAUGUAAGCAGCACAUUACAGAAGCCUCAAUAGUCAAAAACGACUAAGAUUUGCAUUAGAAAAAAAAACAAAAACAUCUGUUAUUAUAUUUAUUAUAUAAUUACUUUAUAAAUACCCUAUAGGCAAUUUUUAUUAUUUAUGUAUAAAAUAUAUUAGAUUAGUUUUCUAUUCUCAAUGUUACUUUAUUAAUUAAUUAAUUUUUUUAUUGUUUCUUUAGCUCUAACAUCUGAAGUUUAUGUUUGUGAAUGUGGCCGAACAUACAAAUAUAAAGGAAAUCUGUCUGCACAUAAAAGAAACGAAUGUGGUAAAGAACCUCAAUACAUGUGUCCCCAUUGUCCUUACAAAACGAAAAUAAAGAGCAAUCUUAAAUCUCAUAUCGGUACUAGGCAUGGAGCUUUAUAUAUUUCUGUAGAAAAUGGGCUUAUAAAUUCUGUAUGAAAGUUAAUCUGCAUAUUUUAACUGUAAAAAACAUAUUUUAUUAGAAAGUAUUUACAUCUUUAUACAGUACACCCAUGAUCCCAUAUUUUUUUUUUUUUUUUUUUAAUGGGAAUACUGUUUGUUUUAUUUUAUAAUGUAAAACUUAAUAGUUUGUUACUGGUCUUUGAUGUGAUUUAUUUUUAUAACAUAAUCCUUGUAGUAUGAUAUGUUAAGUAGGAUAAAAAUACAUUGUAUUUUAACAAAAUAUUAUUUCUAAAGACUUAAUUUUAAUAACUAGAUUUAAGAAUAGGAUAUUUUUUUAUUUAUUUGUUUUAUGAAAAAUAAAUAAAUUAGAAUAUUUCCUCACCUGAAUAAUACUUUCCCUUCCUUUCUUCCUACCCAUAUUUUUGAAUGAUCAUCUUUUAGUUACCCUAUAUCCAUUUGAACUAAUUGUUGCUCAAUUUGUUUUUGGCUUUCUUAAUUUAUCUAAAUUUUCAAUUUUUAAGGAAUAGAGAACUCAUUACGUAAGGCACUGAAUAUCUUAAUUUUCCAGGCCUAGGUUUGAAUCGGUCUUUGCUGAAAACAUUAAUUCAGCAAUAGAUUGUCUCUGUUGUUGAGAGAACCUCUUGGACAGCAUCUAUUUUUUCCUGGCUUGGAGAAAAUCUUGAAGUUUUUGGUCUGAUAAACUCAUUGUAGUCCCAGUCAAGAAACAGUAAUGCCUAUCAAGUACUGGACCUUAUGUCAGACUCUAUGUUGGGAGAUAAAGAUGAAAUAAAUAGUUUUUUGAGUUACAAAAAAUUUGAAUUCAAAUCAUCUUCAUUCACUAUAAGGCAGGCGUUCAUCAUCAAUGGUAAGAAUUUUAAUAUGAAAGAAUUUACCUGUGAUUGUGGAAAAACCUAUAGGCACAAGGCAAGCCUACGUGUUCAUAAGAAGUAUGAGUGUGGAGGAAAGGCUCCUCAGUUCGAAUGUUCUUAUUGUUCUUAUAAAGCAAGAUUAUUGAAAAAUUUAAGGCGCCAUACAUUUAUAAAACAUGUUAAAGUGUUAGAAAGUGACUCAUUUCAAUAACAUUAUGUAUACAAUUUUGAUAUUUGUAUUAUAAUUUUUAUUUAUUGUUAAAAUAAAAAUAAAAAUCUUU